CUACUGUUUAGUCACUUCGGGAAUCAAUGAACACAGAGUAUAUAGAAGUGAUGACAGCGCUAGGUAAUAAAGUUUAGUGUGUCAUCGAAAAAUUCGUUGUAUUUUUUAUGAAAACGGGAUCAAAUGGAUACCACAGAAGAAAAAAGGGUCAGAGAUCUAUUAAAGGACAUUCAGUUAGAACAGUAUUAUCGACAGAUCCAUGGAAAACUACAUGUUACUCGUCUGUCGCACUUUGAUCACGUAACGGAAGAAGAUUUAGACGAUCUCGGAAUGGCAAAACCUGAACAGAGACGUUUGUUUGAAGCACUUAAGAAAGCAAAGAAGAAAUCGCUUUUUAGCAGCUUCAGAAGAAAGAAAUCGAAGAAAUCAGAGAGUCCAGUAGAAUCUACACCAGAGCGCUCAAGUUGCUAUGGAGUUGCAGGUGACUCCUUGACAUGUGUCAUCACUGAGCAGUCUGUUUCUCUUUAUGAAAUGCUUGGAAAUGGUGCCUUUGGGUAUGUGAGGAGAGGAACAUGGAUGAAGAACUCCCACAAGAAGGUUGAUGUUGCUGUGAAGUGUUUGAAGGCAUGGAAUGACAAGGCUUUCCAACAGAUGCAGAUGGAAUUCAUUAAGGAAGCUAAUGCCAUGAGUCUACUGGAUCAUCCCCACAUAAUCAGACUCCACGGAGUUGUUCUUUCUGCACCAAUGAUGUUGGUCACAGAGCUGGCUCCACUUGGCUGUUUAUUAGCACGGCUCAGGGAUGAACCUCAUAAUUUUACCAUCAGUGGCUUGAGUGAUUUUGUGGUCCAGAUAGCUUCAGGAAUGGCUUAUCUUGAGUCUCACAGAUUUGUUCAUCGUGAUCUGGCAGCGCGCAAUCUUUUGCUACAGUCAUAUGAGAAAGUGAAGAUUGGAGAUUUUGGAAUGAUGCGAGUCCUCUCUGAUGAUGACGACCACUACACAAUGCAUCCCAGUGGCAAAAUUCCAUUUGCAUGGUGUCCACAAGAAGUUCUUAAAUUCCGCAAGUUUUCCCAUGCCUCUGAUGUUUGGGCCUUUGGUAUCACUGUGUUAGAAUUGUUCUCCUAUGGAGAAGAACCUUGGCCAGGACUUAAUGGAGCUGAGAUAUUGGACAAAGUGGACCUGCCAUCAUGUGAGAGGCCCAAGAGGCCUGAACACUGCCCUUCAGAAAUCUACAAUAUUUUGGUGUCACUCUGCUGGUCGCAUGAGCCUCACCAGCGGGCAAGGUUUAGCAUGCUUAAAAAACUGGUAGACGAGGCACAUCCCAUGAAUGUCGCUGCAGUGUUACCCUAUGAGAGCAAGAGCCAACAAAAUCUGAGCUUUCAGGAAGGUGACAUUAUCACACUUCUUGAAGCCAGUCCCGAUGUUUCUUGGUGGAAAGGACAAAAUAUGAGUACAAGAAAAGUCGGGAUGUUUCCGUCAGAAUUUGUAGAAAGUGGAAUGCGGCGAGCCGUUUCACCAGUGAAUACUCGGACGUCUCUAAAACCGAAAAGUAAUAUUACGAAGCGAAGCAAACAGUGUAAUCAGCUACCAAACUGUGACUGCGGAAGUGAGCACAUCUACGAGACUCCUAUCUUCUUAUAUUCACCAAACUCUUUGAAGAACGGCAGCAGUGUAAGCACUACUUUUUCUGGCCAGUCUGUUGAAAGCGACUUGGCCUCCUCCACAGACGUUGAUAGCGGAUAUUCUUCCAGCGUGGACGUUAGACGAUUCCGCCAUUUGUAUGACGAGAACAGCUCAGGAAAACAAAAAGCAAAGGUGGAGAAUUUUUAUGAAAACGCGAGCAUCAGAAAGCAGGAUACCAAGGAUACCACGUAUGAAUUGAUGUACCCUGCGAGUGGACCGGUAUCCAGUCCUAUUCCCAUUCCAAGACAAAGCACAGGGGAAUUAAGAUUUGUCAGGAUACAAAAUGACACAUCUUCGACUCCUCCAUCACGCACUGGCCAGAAAUGCCCCCUAGACUUAAACUUCUCCAGCCCCCGAUUGUCUGCCGGUGAAACGGGAGCUUCUUCUCUUGUCACUCAAAAUACUUCAACUUCACUCCCACCCAGCUCAGCUACGGAAUUACAUGAAAAUUCUCCAAGGCUCUCCAGGACGGUCUCACCACGACCUAGUAAGAAAUCUCAGCGGGAUUCUGGGAUAGGGGAAACACUUGCCCAGGAUAUGCUGACAUUCUUGAAAGGAGCUGGAGGAGAUAAGUCAUCGGUUCGUCCUAACCCCAAGAAAGCUGAAGAGGAGGACAUUUACGAAGAAUUAUCUGGGCCGUUUACAUCUGUUCCAUCAAAUCCCAAAGGCUCUAUUGUGACAAAUACUUCCUCCAGUGUACCGUUGACAGCGCACAAGAAACAUUCAUACGAAAACUAUGCUUUGCCCUUGAAACAACAAUUAAGUUCUACAAAAGACCAUGCCAAAGAUCAGAGCAUUAACGAAGCUGAUAGAAGCAGGUGCAACUCAGCUAAUCAAGUGCUAGACGAGCAGGAGCUUAGAGAUAGCCGAUGCAAUACUUGGCCCUCACAACAAAACUAUGUCAAUCACAAACUGAAGGAAGCUGGUUUGAUGCCAUCAGAUGAAGGUUUCUAUGACAACCACAAGCUUAGAACCACCUCAGACGCGUUUCAGCCAACUUCUGACGCCUGCUACGAUAAUUGGAAGAUCAGUAACAAGGAAAGUGAGUCGGUGGGAGAGCUUCUGAGGGAAGAACAGACGCCCUGCUAUGAGAACGUUGAGCUACAAACUGGUAAACAUAAGGUCAAUAAUGGAAAUCUCUCCAAAAAAUCUGGAACUAGUUUGGGCUCCCAUGAAGAAACACUUUCAAAUCAAAACAAAACUAGGGAAGAAAGAUGCAAUAAUUCCUCGUUCACCUCACAUCAAAAGACCUGCAUGUACGAAUGCAUGAUUCCUAAAUAUUUACAAAAUGGAGACCUCACGCAAGAAUAUAAAAAGCAAGGAAAUACUGACAGUAUAUACGAGAACUGUGAAACUGUUGACUACAGGAAAGACAACCCCGAAGAGGUGGUUGGGGGCAUGGUAAUCCCAAGAUCAAUUAGACAAAAUGACAGCAACUCACGAAAACUUUGUCGUUCCUUGCCCACAAAUUGUCACUGCGUGGGGGUCGCUCCCGGCGAUCCUUAUGGUUUAUUAAAUAUGAUCCUGGAAAAACGCAGCCAGCCAUUGCUGACCAGGGUAGGAAGUGCUGAUGCUAUUCGUGUUAAUGCCCGGAAGGACGAUCCUCUCACUGCCGGAGGACCAAGGGAAAGCGGAGACCAUUUGGACCUCCAAGGUCAUCCUGUUCCACCUCCGCGCUGGAGGCGAUUAGCUCGUAUGAAGAGGCCUCUCUCAUUUACGUGUUGCUCCCAUAACCAGUGGGAAAUAACCAUCAGUCCUGAGCUUGCCUCUGUGCUGAGCAAAAGACUGAAUGGAUCUGCUAUGGGCUCGUCUGCAUGGUUGAAAGCAGCAAAUUCCUCAAGUAACGCAUACGAAAAUGUUCGGUUACCGUGUGAGACUCCUGUGCAGAAAAAUACCCCUCCCGAGCUUCCACCAAAGCUACAACGGUCAAAUGAGAAAGUUUCCUUCCAGAGUACCACACAAAGAGCGAGAGCAUUGCACUAUGAAAAUGUCAAUGUGCUAAAUGACUUUCAUGCAGUCUCACAAAGAGCAGAUGAUUCCUCUCCUCCACCACUUCCAAGGAAACUAUCUAAGGCAAAACCAACACCUAUUAUACCACGCCGAGUGGAUCUAGAACAGCAGGGUUAAGAAAUGUGUGCUAGAUCCACAUUGAACUGUUUAUUGAAGGAAGGGGUACUGUCCUACUGUCCUACCCGAAAGCCUCAACGAUGAUCUGCCACACUGGAAUAAUCUGAAACAACAGUUUUAACAAAUUGCCAUGAAAAUUCAUCUGAAGCUCCUAUCGGAGGAAAUGAGUUUCGUCUCACUUGAAAACCCCAACGAUGAACCUCCACGCCGCGUUAACUGGAACAGCUUAUGUCAGCCCUUUCACCCCUAGGAGUGACUAGCAUCUAAUUUCUCCUUAUCAUAUCACCCCUGAUUCAAACAUUAAGGUCACAAGAAUACAAGAAAUGAUCACCAACUUGAGAAGCUUUUGAUUGCUAUACAUAUUCUCUAUUUCAUGUGAUAUUAUUUUUAAUGCUCUUAGGGCAUGUACAUUAGCUACUUGAAAUUUUUAGAUCAACGUUAUUUUUUGUAAUUGUCUUAAAUUAUGAUGUUUGUCUCUUGACUUCAUAUUGUAAAGUAGUCAGCGUGAUAAACAGAUACGAAAUAAUUAUGUCUUGCCAUUAGGGCAAGACAAUCAAUGAAUUUAUGUCAAUAUUUUCGGAGACUAAGUCUCUUCAAAUUUAAGUAGUUGAUUAUUCAACAAUUUGGUGGCUGGAUACCCCUAUUUUGUCAUGAAUCAUACAAGAGUAAUUGUUUGAGUGUAAUUUUGUCUUUUUCUGAAGUCAAUCUUCAGCUGGUUAACAUAAUUCCAUUGCUCUAUUUUGCAUUGCCUUCCAUUUUCGCGAGGGCUUUAUUAUUCUUUAUGCUUUUUUUAAUAUUUGUUUCAUGGGAACGCAAUGUAAUUUUGAAACGUAUUUCAGGUCACAUGUAGGUUUCAUCCUUUGUACCUUUUUUUUUUUUUUUAGCAUUUUAUUUAUGCUUGCAUCGGCAACAAAGUGUGUUCAAAAAUUAUAUUUAAGGAUUUACUGACAGAGCAAUGAAACGUUGUAUCUGACGUAGGAAUAUAAAUCUAUGUGAUAUACGUAGGUGCUCUAGUUACACGUAGAUAUACAUAGUUGUCUUAGGCGUCAUUCCAAGACACGCAAUUUAAACUUGAUCAUUAGAUCUGUGCUCUUAUUAUGGAAGUGGUGAGCGUGUGUCGAAACAGGCUUGCCGCCAUUUUCCCUUCUAGGUCUAAAUGUAAAUAGCUGUAUAGAAUAAGCGUCUUCGCAUAUGCAGGGAAACGUAUCAGUAAUAAUUCAGCCGCCAUGCUAUUUCGUUCAUUGCCAUUUGAAAUAAUCCUUUGGUGUCGACUAGGGAGGAUAAAAUUAAUGUGAACAAUUUUCUUGUCUUUAAUUACCGGAAAUCGCCCUUAGAAAAAAUUGUAGAAAAUAUGUCGACGAGGUAAUGUAAAAUAGAAAUGUAAAUACAGAUGACUAGAAUUAAAAAGUAAAUAUUCAUACCUUUGAA